CUUCUUCUUCUUAUUCCUCUUGCUGAAUCCAAACCCCACCCAGAUUUUCUCAGGGAAAUAAACAUCAUCGAGCCAAAAAAAAACGAUGCCGUAUUGCGAGGUUGUGAAAGAACACGUCGACGCAGAGACGAAGCUGAACAAUGCAGGGGUGAAGAUAUUCUACAGAACGUACGGUCAUGGUCCUACCAAAGCUCUUCUCAUCAUAGGUUUAGCUGGAACACAUGAAUCGUGGGGUCCUCAAAUCAUGGGAUUAACAGGGACUGAUAAACCCAACGACGAAGAUGAUGAUGAUGGAGUCGUUACCGAUGAUUCAGGAAUUGGCCAAGGUAUCGAGGUCUGUGCUUUCGAUAAUCGUGGUAUGGGUCGAAGCUCCGUGCCCUCACACAAAUCUGAAUACACCACAACUAUAAUGGCAAAGGAUUCAGUUAGUUUGUUGGAUCAUUUGGGAUGGGAGAGAGCUCAUGUAAUUGGGCAUUCAAUGGGAGCAAUGAUAGCUUGCAAGUUAGCUGCAAUGGUGCCAGAACGGGUUCUCUCUCUGGCUUUGCUUAACGUCACUGGUGGAGGUUUCGAGUGUUUCCCCAAGCUUGACAGGCUAACACUUUCCAUUGCGAUACGUUUCUGGAUGGCAAAGACCCCUAAACAAAGGGCUAAAGUUGAUUUGGACACACAUUAUUCACAGGAUUUUCUAGCAGAACGAAUAGGAACUAAUACGAGGAGGGAUGUCUUAUAUGAGCAAUAUGUAAAAGGAAUAUCAGAAACUGGAAUGCAGUCCAAGGACGGGCUUGACGGUCAACUUAAUGCGUGUUGGUUACAUAAAAUCACAAAACCGGAGAUCGAACGGAUCCGCUCUGCUGGAUUUCUCGUCUCAGUCAUUCAUGGAAGGCAUGAUGUCAUUGCUCAGAUACGUCACGCGAGAAGAUUGGCGCAGAGACUGUAUCCCGUUGCUAGAAUGGUGGAUCUUCAUGGAGGUCAUCUUGUUAGCCACGAGAGAACAGAGGAGGUAAAUAAAUCUCUUAUGGAGUUAAUAAAGGCGUCAGAAAUGAAGAAAACACCAACCGAUUGGACUAACCUCACCCCUGAAACUCCCGGUUAUUUCGAGAGGAGAAUAGCAUUGAUUAGAACCUCAUCAGAAGGCAAGAAUGCGGUCUCUCCUCCAUCUUUCAUCAUGGAAAAGUUUCAUCGAUGUCUGCUUUUCCUCUUAGGUCUUCUGGUUUUGGCAUUUGAGCAUGCAAGAAGAGCUUUCAGAGUUGUCAAACCCGUCAAAGUUGGGCCUUGUCUCACAUAACAACAACACACCUAUCACACAUUUCAAUUAGUCAGACCGUUAUGCAGUUCUUCAAUGAUCAAGCUGAUGAAAACAUAACAGAUAAGUUUGCUGCAAACAGACGCUAGAGAAGGAGUCCACUGCUUGUACAUGGAAAGAGAUAGUAAUAAUACGAAACUGUUGAUAUAUACAUACAUGUGUAAGAGGAAUCAUUCCACGAGGAACAUUUGUUGUCAUUGAGUACCUCGAUCUAAAUGUAAUAUGUAAAGACAAGACAUAUAAAUCUCAAUUGAAACUUUACAUGUUUUUUACAA